CCUUUGGAGGUGUGGGGAGAUCAGCACUGAAGGGCCCAGCUGGAAGCUCAGGCAGGCUCGUCUGACCACAGGGCUCCCCAUGCCGCGGCGGGCAGGAGGAAUGAGAGGAAUGUGCCACGUGGGCUGGGUGACACGCUUCCAAAGGCAAGGGCGAGAGCGGAGCCAGGGCAAUGGUGGGGCUGGCACAGGGGGGAUGAGAGCAUCAGGAAUUCUGUGCCCAGCUCUGUGACCCCCAGCACAAGAAAUACAUGGAUCUGUUAGAGAGGAUCCAGAGGAGGGCCAUGAAAAUGAUUGCAGGGCUGGAACCCCUCUCCUAGGAAGUAAAGCGGAGAAGAUUCCAGGGAGACCUUAUUUCAGCCUUCCAUUACCUAAAGGGGCUUAUAAGAAGGACGGAGAGAGGCGUUUUAGUAGGGCCUGUAGUGACAGGACGAGAGGCAAUGGUUUUAAACUGAAAGAGUGUAGAUUUAGAUUAGACAUUAGGAAGAAAUUCUUUACUUUGACAGUGGUGAGGCACUGGAACAGGUUACCCAGAGAAGCUGUGGAUGCCCCAUCCAUGGAAGGGUUCAAGGUCAGGUUGGAUGGGGCUUUAAGCAACCUGGUCUAGUGGAAGGUGUUCCUGUCCGUGGCAGGGGAGUUGGAAAAAGGUCUUUUAAGGUCUCUUGGGAGACUUCAAUUUACCAGAUUUCUGCUGGAAAUACAAUACAGAGGAAAUGGUCUUGGGGUUUCCUGGAUUGUGCGGAAGACAAAUUCCUGAGACAGCUGACCAGUGAGCCAACCAGGCAAGGUGCCCACUGGACCUGUUGUUUGUGAACAGAGGAGGACUUGUGGGUGAUAUGAUGGUUGGAGAACACCUUGGGCAAAGUGAUAAUGAAAUUAAAGAGUUUUCAGUUCUCACAAAAGGAAAAAUUUCUUCAUGGAAAGGGCUGUUGGGCAUAGGAACAGGCUGCCCAGGGAAGUGGUGGAGUGACCAUCCCUGGAGGUAUUUAAAAGACACAUAACUAUGGCACUUUGGGAUGUGGUUUAGUGGUAGACUUGGCAGUGUGAGGUUUCUGGUUGGACCUGAUGAUUUUAAAGGUCUCUUCUAGCCUAAAUGGUGCUAUGAUUCUAUGAUUCUAUCCCAAACCAUUCCCUGACUCCAUGCCCAUCGCCCCCGCCUCGCCGGCAGCCGGUGCCGGUCAAAAGGCGCAUUGUGCAUUGACGCUGGGGCCGAGCCGCGGUGCCGGCCGGGCAGCGAGCAGCCGCUUGCCCCGCAGCACCUGCCAGCUCAGGGCUGGCGGUGUCGCUGGACACAUGGGCUGCUGCCUGGGGACCCCCUGGCGCCAGGACCUGUCCCUGGGGUGCACAGGCGAAGAGUGUGACUCCUGCUGCCCCCGCUCGCCUGUGCUCCUGCCGCGCUGGGACCUGCAUCACGCCGCUGCCGAGUGCCAGGGAAGAUGGUGUCGGGAGAAGACCAUGGCAUCAGGUAAGGUUGGUGCAUCAGAGCCAAGUGACCCCGCUACCAAGGCAGCAGAAAGUCCACCGGACACCCCCUCGGUGCUGCUGGCCGUCGAGGAGGGGUUUCCACCAGAGAUUUCACUCUUCUUCUCCGUUGAAAGCCGCUCCUCCCGGUGCCUCAAUUCCCAGCUCCAGGAAGCAGCCAGAAAGAAGCUGUGGGCCCUGGAGAGUGAUGACAGAGAUGUUUGUGCCCUGUUCAAGGAGCUGUCAGCCAGGCUGGUCUGUAUGCAAGCACAGGAGGAUCGGUUCAUCCUCACCUUCAAAACCCUAGAAGAAGUCUGGAAGUUUUCCACGUAUUUGACUUUAGGGUAUGUGGGCAGCUGUUUGGAGCAGCUUCUCUUUGACCAGGAGUACUGGCUAAACUGUGCUCUGAUGGAGGACACAGAGGUCAGAGUUACUGUGGAUGAAGAUCGUCUGGCUGCCAUAUAUAUGGGUCUGCUCCUCCAGGAAGGUAACUUUUUUUCCAGAGCAGUGCCCAGUGCCUGGCAGCCAGAGCAGGAGGGAGAGGAAGGUCUGCAGCUCUGCGAGAACACGCUGAUCCAUGUGAAGAGCAUUGGAGAUGAGUCCAAGUGGGAAGGAAUGUCCUUACUGACAGGUCAACGAGGUCUGGUGCCUCUGUCAGCUCUGGAGCCAAUAACUCAGCCAUUUUACCAGUGGUUCCUGAAGAAUUAUACUGUGAGUUUUGGCAUCUCCCAGGAGAUCAGUGGGACAACCUCUCAGCCAGUUGUCAAAGGCAGAUGCACAGCCACAGAGGACCACCGAGGAGCAGCAUGGGAUGAACUGAGUUUCUCCAAAGGGGACAGCAUAGAAGUCAUCGGCUUCCUCAUUCCAGGACUCCCGUGGUUUGUGGGCAAAUCCCUCAGCAGUGGGACCAUCGGCUUUGUCUCUACCCAAUACAUAAAUCCCGAGGCUUGUGAACCUCUGGGAAAGGGCUCAGUGUUUCUGAGCGAAGAAGAAAAGGCCCCACUCCUGCGCAUCCCCUGCAAUGGUGGCGAGCAGCACGUCACUACCCUCCUCGGUGACCUGGCACGCACUGACAUCACCUCUGUGUACCGCCUGGAUGGUUUCGAACCCACAGCCAUGCUCCCAAAGGUGCCAUCAGGGGCUGUUCUCCGUGGCUGUAAAGAUAUCCAGCUGCUCCAGUCUUGGGAGGAAAUAAAUGAUGUGGUUACGACCAGCACCUCCGAGCUGUCUAGCCCAGGGAGUGAAUCCGUCCCUCCUAUGUUGGAAGAUUUUCUCCUGGAGAAGCUGGAUGAUUUUGAUGAUCCCAAGUUCUUUAUUGACCUGAAUGCUGGACACAUGGAAGAUGCUGAUGUCUUUGACCCCAUAUUGACCUUCCUUAACCAAGAGAGUUAUGUGCCCAGUUUUCAAAGCCUCUAUGAUCUCAGUUUUUCCUUUCUCAAUUCCACUUUUUAUGGUUUCUCUGACGAGGAUGAACUGGUCUUGUACCUUGAGACAUCCAGGAACUGGGCCAAGAGGACUCAUUCAGUUUGGGCUCAUGUCAGGCUCUGUUUCCUCUUGGGUAAGCUCUGCAUCAAAAAGGUAAAGUUAUCCCAGGCCCGAGUCUACUUUGAGGAAGCCAUGAGCGCCCUGGACAGGGGUUUUGGGGACCUGCCCCUACUGGCUGCGCUACACGUGAACCUGGCCUCCAUCUACUUGAAACAGAACAUGAAACACAAAUUCUCCUCCCUGCUGGGAAAAACAGUGGCCUUGCUUGUCUGCUUGCCCGGCCACUCCUUCAGCUCUGAGAACGAGCUGGAAGUCAUGAUGUACGUCCUGAGGGAAGCCAUUGCUGUGGGUAAUGUGCCCUUGGAGGCACGGGUCUGCUUCCUUAUUGUCAAGCUCUUCCUACAACUGGGCAAAAAUGAUGAAGUGCUGCCCUUUACCGAGCAUCUUCAAUGUCUCAGCACCACUUUACUCAGCCCGGACGCUACUUCUGUGCCGCUGGAUGCCACCCCCAUCUUGAGCUACCUGUAUGACAAGAAGUACUUGCCAAAUAUCGCACUGGCCUCUGCCAGGUUGUUUGUUCCCAGUGGCAUCAAGGGGGCACCAACACCCAUUUGGAGAGCUGGCUUCAUUCUCCAAAAUGCUUCCAAGCUCUUGGGAAACCAACUGGAGAGGAGCAGCAUCCCAGCACUGGCUUGUUUCUACCUCAAGCAAGCACUGCAUUUCUCCUGUGAGAGGAGAGCUGUGCCCAUCCAGAGGACACUGUGUGCCAUCUUGUCCAGGAUGUACCUCCAGCAUGGAGCGUUGGACGGGGCAGUUUGUUACGCAGCCACGGCAGUAACCCUCAGCAGACUCAUGGGCGAGGAGGAGGCUUUUGCGUCUUCCCUGUCUUUGGGGUGGAUGUAUCUCCUGCACAGGCAGCCAGGCCCAGCUGCAGACAUCAUGUGGCAGCUCUUGCGCUCUCUGCACAGGACAGACGGCGUGACCCAGGGUGGAGCCGUGCACAACCUCCUGGCCAUUGCCCUCAGAGGAGAAGGGCAGGUGCAAAAGGCUGCAGAGCACUACCUCCUGGCCCUGCACAAAGCCAAGGAGACCGGGAACAAGAGGAACCAGGCUAUUGCCCUGGCUAACCUGGGGCAGCUGAGCCUCUCACAUGGGGCAAACCAGCUGUCUGAGCUCUACCUGCUCCAGUCGGCUCAGCUCUACGCUGAGCUCCAGGGAAGCGAAGACCUGGAGAUGGAGUUGGUGCAGGUGCUGCUGUGGCUAGCACAGGCCAUGGUGAACAGGCAGAGGAUGGAAGAUGGCAAACUCUGUUAUGAACUGGCAUUGGUUUUUGCCCUGAAGUGGCAUAACAUGAGGAGUCAGCUUCACAUCACUGAGUCUCUCUGCCAUUUCUACAGCAAAGUGUCCCCCGAUCUCCAGGCCUGCAUCACCUACCACGAGCACUGGGUAUCUUUGACACAACAGCUGCAGGACAGGGAGCUGGAGGGCAAUGUUCGGCAGACCCUCAGCCAGCUCUACCAGGCUUUGGGCACAUCUGAGGCAUUGAGACUGUCCCUGGAGUGCACCAAACAGAGUCUAAGGAUCUUCAUUGACCUGGAGGAGACUGUGAAAGCAGCGGAGGCCUGGCUGCAGGCAGGCAGGCUCUACUACCUCCUGCAGGAAGAUGAGCUGGUGGAAAUGUACUUUCAGGCAGCCAUUCAGACUGCUCUGAAAUCCGAGAACUUCUCCUUGGCCAUGGAUCUUUAUGAAAAAGCAGGUGAUACCUUUUUUAGUGGCAGCCGAAACAGGGAUCGAGCGGUGGAGUUUUAUAGGGGAGGUGCUGUGCCCUUGGCCAGGAAACUAAAGGCCACUAAAACAGAGCUACGGCUGUUCAAUAAGCUGGCAGAGCUGCAGAUCGGGCUGCAGGGCUAUGAGAAGGCACUGGAGUUUGCCACGCUGGCAGCCAGGCUGAGCAUCAGGGUCGGAGAUCAAUUGCAAGAGCUGGUUGCAUUCCACCGCCUGGCCACAGUCUACUAUUUUCUGCACAUGUACGAGAUGGCAGAAGAUUGCUACCUGAAGACACUUGCCUUGCGUCCCAACAUGCUGCAGUGCUCUGGAGAGGCCCUGUACUAUUGCAAGGUCUAUUGCCACCUUGGCAACCUGACCCUGCAUAAACUGAAGGAUGAACAGGAUGCAGCAGCCUACUUCCUCCUGGCCCUCGCUGCAGCAACCGAGCUGGGAGACCAGGACCUGCAAGGCAUCAUUCGCACCAAGCUGGGUGACAUCCCCGGUGCCCUGCGGGGGACCGAGAGCACACCGGGCUGUGCCACGUACCGGCCCAGAUGGUUGAGCGAAGGCGGCCACAUCGUCUGACCAACCCAUCACUCCAGGGACUCCAGUCCAAGGUGUCAAGCAGCAUCGUGCCGUGCCGCUGGUACAAGUCCAUGUGCUUUCCAGGACAAGUGGCCCAGAAGAGGUCCCUGCGCCACAUCCUAAGGAGCUGUCAGCACUCGGUCUUCUUGUCCCUGACAGGCAAGGGACCAAGAACUGGGGCCCUUCCCUCAUUUUUGGGGAGCAGGGCUGUGCAUUGCAGUCCAGGUCACACAUCGAGGCUGGGAAUCUGGCAGAAUGAGGCCCCGGCAGUGGUGUUGGGGUGUGCAGUGCAGCAGGGCUGAGUGACAGACUGCGGUUCCCUGCCUGGGACAGCAGCAGGAGAGCGCUGCCAAGUGCCUGCCCAUCCCCCCCAGCUGCCCCGCACACCUCAGGUCCUAUGGGGCAGCUCAGCUCCAACCAAGUGUGUUUUAACUUGAAUAGCAACUUCUUUAUUUA